GACGUCACCUCUCUCACUCUAGGCUAGGAGCGGCCUCUGCGGGAGGGAGCUGGGGAGUCCUCGAAGAGGGCGCCCCUCGCCUUCUUCAGUGUGGGGGCUGUUCCGCCCCGAUCUCUGGGAGGGCUUUGUUCUUUUGUUCAGGCCUAGGAGGAAGGCCUAGAGCCGGGCCCCGCCCUGUUUGUCCACCUUUCAGCUUCUCUGCUCCGCAACAGGUGUGUCUUCUUGAGCCCGCGGGGGUGUGAGCCCGCAAGUGUGCACUGAGGUAACCGUUCGAGUAAAUGGGCGCCUCUAGACGGAUUCUAGGGGCAACCAACUUCAGCGUGUAUAAGGGCUCAGACUCCUGCUGGACAUCUGGGCUCCAGAAAGAGGACCCAGAUACGCUGCUUGGGAAACCCUGGUGUCCAGAUUCCAAGAGGAACGGGAUGAGCGCCUGAGAUGGAAGAUCUGUCUGCUCCAGAGUCUGCCCUUUUCCAAGGGGGACAUACUUUACUCCCAUCAGCUAGUUUUCAGGAAUCAGUGACCUUCAAGGAUGUGAUAGUGGACUUUACCCAGGAAGAAUGGAAACAGCUGGAUCCCGUACAGAGAGGUUUAUUCAGGGAUGUGACAUUGGAGAAUUAUACACAUCUGGUCUCUAUAGGACUCCAAGUUUCCAAACCUGAUGUGAUUUCCCAGUUAGAGCAAGGGACAGAGCCGUGGAUUGUGGAGCCCAGCAUCCCAGCAGGGACCCCUGGAGACUGGGUGACAAGACCAGAAAAUAGCAUAACAGCCUCAGAGCUGGACAUUUCUGGAGAAGAGCCAUCUCCAGGGGCAGUUGCAGAAAAACACAAAAGGGAUGAUCCUUGGAGCACCAACUUCUUAGAAACUUGUGAAUCCAAAGGCAGUCCAGAGAGGCAGCAGGCAAAUGAACAGACACUGCCAAGGGAAAUAAAAAUAACUGAAAAGACCAUACCAACUUUGGAGCGAGCACAUGUAAAUAAUGACUUUGAAAAAAGGAUCACUGUGAGUUUAGACCUUUUAACACACAAAAAAAUAUCUCCAAAACAGACCUCUACUAAACCAAGUGUCAAACAGAAUUUAAACGCAGUUAAAAAAGAGAAGUCUUGUAAGUGCAAUGAAUGUGGGAAAGCUUUUACUUAUUGUUCAGCUCUUAUUCGCCAUCAGAGAACGCAUACUGGAGAAAAACCGUACAAAUGUAAUGAAUGUGAAAAAGCCUUCAGCCGGAGCGAAAACCUUAUAAACCAUCAAAGAAUUCAUACUGGAGAUAAACCAUACAAAUGUGAUCAGUGUGGGAAGGGCUUCAUUGAGGGUCCAUCUCUUACUCAACAUCAAAGAAUUCACACUGGAGAAAAACCCUAUAAGUGUGAUGAAUGUGGGAAAGCUUUUAGUCAGAGAACCCACCUUGUUCAGCAUCAGAGAAUACACACUGGUGAGAAACCAUAUACUUGUAAUGAGUGUGGAAAAGCCUUUAGCCAGAGAGGCCACUUCAUGGAACAUCAGAAAAUCCAUACAGGAGAAAAACCUUUUAAAUGUGACGAAUGUGAUAAAACAUUUACCAGGAGCACACACCUUACUCAACAUCAAAAAAUCCAUACUGGAGAGAAAACCUAUAAAUGUAAUGAAUGUGGGAAGGCAUUCAAUGGACCCUCAACGUUUAUUCGCCAUCAUAUGAUUCAUACUGGGGAAAAACCAUAUGAGUGCAAUGAAUGUGGUAAAGCCUUCAGUCAGCACUCAAACCUCACUCAGCAUCAGAAAACACAUACUGGGGAGAAACCUUAUGAUUGUGCUGAAUGUGGGAAAUCCUUUAGUUACUGGUCAUCCCUUGCUCAACAUCUCAAAAUUCAUACUGGAGAAAAACCUUACAAAUGCAAUGAAUGUGGAAAGGCCUUCAGUUACUGCUCAUCCCUUACUCAACAUCGGAGAAUUCACACCAGAGAAAAGCCUUUUGAAUGCGGUGAAUGUGGAAAGGCUUUCAGUUAUCUCUCAAACCUUAAUCAACAUCAGAAAACUCAUACCCAAGAGAAAGCUUAUGAAUGUAAGGAAUGUGGGAAGGCCUUUAUUCGAAGUUCAUCUCUUGCUAAACAUGAAAGGAUUCAUACUGGUGAGAAACCCUAUCAGUGUCAUGAAUGUGGGAAAACCUUCAGUUAUGGCUCAUCCCUUAUUCAGCAUAGGAAAAUACAUACUGGAGAAAGACCUUACAAGUGUAAUGAAUGUGGGCGAGCCUUCAACCAGAACAUACACCUUACACAGCAUAAGAGAAUUCACACAGGAGCAAAGCCUUAUGAGUGUGCUGAAUGUGGCAAAGCCUUUCGACAUUGUUCAUCUCUUGCUCAACAUCAAAAAACACACACAGAAGAAAAACCCUACCAUUGUAAUAAGUGUGAAAAGGCCUUUAGCCAGAGCUCCCAUCUGGCUCAGCAUCAGCGAAUUCACACUGGAGAGAAGCCCUAUAAGUGCAAUGAAUGUGACAAAACCUUUAGCCGGAGCACUCAUCUGACUGAACAUCAGAAUACUCAUACUGGAGAGAAACCUUACAAUUGUAAUGAAUGCAGGAAGACUUUCAGCCAGAGCACUUACCUCAUUCAGCAUCAGAGGACUCAUUCAGCAGAGAAGCCUUUUGGAUGCAAUGAUUGUGGAAAAGCCUUCAGAUACCGUUCUGCUCUCAACAAACAUCAGAGACUGCACCCUGGCAUAUGACUCUUCUAGGAUCACCCUAAACGUAGGGGAUGCAUUUAUUCGGGGAUGCAUUUACUCUGGUUUGUCCUUUUGUUCAACACAGAAGAAUCAGGGUGGAUUGAGAAACUGCCGAAAAUACUUUUACUUUUCGCUGUUGUGCUGUGGAAUUGAAAGUGCAUUGGACUGAAAUAAUCCGAUUAUGUUGUUACGCAAUUUUGUGACAUUGGCAAAUUCAGCCAUUUUAAGCUUCAGUUUCCUCUGUGAACUGAGGGAUUUGGAAUAGGUCAUUUCGGAGGUCAUUUAGAGUUUUAUAUUCAGUUUUGUAUGUUCACAAUAUAUUCUUGAAUAGGAUUAUUACCCAUCAGCAUUUUGCUGUGUUGCAUCUAGAGUAUAUGUAUUUAUGCAUGUUUUGCUAAUAGAAAGCAUUUAUGUUUCAGCAAGUAGACUGGAGGUCUGUUGUACUCCUGUUCUAACACAUUCAAGUUCUUUAAGUACCUGGUUCCUAAUAAAAAGAAUUGUAAAAUACUCUCAAAUUAACAAUUCAGGAGCAUAUAAUGGCUCAUUAAGUCAGUACAGGUAUUAAAUCUUCCUAUUAUUUUCUGUUCUGGUAUGUUUUAACAUUCUAGAAGUUUAUCACAACUAUAUAGACCCUCUACUACAGCUUACACCUGUGCUGUUUAACCCUAGUUACAUGGUGAAAUCACUUAAGUAACUUUUUAUAAAAUUCUGUUGCCAAGACUCCAUCCCCAGUGACUGAUUGGCCUAGGGAGUAGGGUCCAGGCUUCAGUAUCGUUUUUAAACUCCUAAUAUGUACCCUGGUAAAAACAACUGGAUUAGACUUCAGUACUCACUCCCUUAGUACCUCCUUGUAGCUACUCCUAGAAGCUCACAGGUAGCUAUUGCAUACACAUAAUGUAACUUUGACUGUUAGUUUGUUUUGUAAAUUGAAUUCUCAAACUUAGAGAGGUAAGGUCAAUUUGUUUCCUUACCAAAGUGCAGAAAUUAAAUGGCUGUAUAAAAUAAUGGUCAUUUUAUUUGCUUUUCCUUGGCCACCUGAUACCAUAAGCAGAUGACAGUGAGUGAUACUCCUGAAGAUGGGUGGCCCAUUGAUUGCAUGGCCAUUUGUGACAACCCUGGUCAAAAUAACAUUUGAGCCAGAAAGAAAUGUGAAUCUAGCCAUAAAGAGAUUGGCCCUCAUAUUUUCUCCAGAUACAGUCUGAUUACGUGGUCAGCUUUUUUAGGAGCAAUUGACAAUUUCCUAGCCUGGCCUUGAGAAUGGGGAGCUCUGAGAACAAAAGGUAGCACUGAAAUUGAUUAUUAUUUAUAUAAAGGGGUUCCAGACUCUUCCCACAAAGGAGGUUUGGGGGAGAGACUGCUGUAGCUCACUUCAAGUGAAAAAAAAUCCAGUUAUUUUUGCUUAUAUAAUGCCAGUGAGCUGCAUCAGAUUUUUGUCACUUCCUUAAAUGAAGAUGCUAGGCAGUGAAGAACAGAAUUCAGGAAAUAAAGUAGCCAUUUAAAUCACAGGACUUUUUUCUGUUGUUGUUUUGAAACAUCCUUGAAGAAAUGUCAUCUUGGUAUUUCUUAAUUUCUCAAGGCUUCCCUUAUGUAGGGAUUUUAUUUAUUCCACAGCAGAGAGGUAGACAGACACUGGCAGAGAGGAAUGGAUCUUAGGUUAUAGGAUACACUUUGGUUGGAAUCUGAGCCACUCCCACAGCAUGAGGAAAUGAAGUUUCUAUAUCCAGGUGAAGGGUCCUCCUGUUUCUUUUUUUUUUUUUUUUUGGUCCUCCUGUUUCAAAGGAGAUCCCAAAAUAGAAAAUACCAGAGUUUGUCUGGAAUGAACAAGAAGACUCUUGUUCUUUUACCACACUGAUUCCCAUAUGAGGGAACAGAAUUUAUUUGGGAAUUUCUCACUAACCUUGGAAGAUUUUACUUUGUUCCUUUAAUUUGAUCUCUUCAUAGAUAAGGGUCAGAUCAAACCCAGAACACUAGGAAUGUGUGAUCACUGCCUAACUUAAUUCUUCUUUUAUUAAAAACAAAUCUGAUCUUU